AUGACUUUCGGACUUAAAAACGCAGCACAAACCUUCCAGCGUUUUAUGGAUGCUGUGCUCCGCGGUUUACAUUUUGCGUUUUGCUAUAUCGACGAUAUUUUGAUAGCUUCCAAGGAUGACGUCGAACACGAAUUACACCUUCGAUUAGUAUUGGAGAGGCUGCAGCAAUUCGGCAUUUCGAUAAAUACAGCAAAGUGCAUUUUUGGCGCAAGUUCGGCACAAUACCUGGGGUACGUCAUCGAUAAAAAGGGAAUCAGACCUGUACCGGAAAAAAUUCAAGCGAUUAGCGAGUAUCCACAGCCAAAAACGAUAGAAGAAUUACGCCGAUUUUUAGGCAUUUUAAAUUUUUAUAGACGUUUCGUUAAAAAUGCUGCAGCCAUACAAGCUCCUUUGUAUAGAUAUUUAGUAGGGGCUAAAAAACGCGACAAGCGUUUUGAAUGGACACCAGAAGCAGUGAAUGCGUUCAAUGAAUGUAAGGCUUCAUUGGCAAACGCAACACUGUUGGUACAUCCAACUGACAACGCGCCGUUAAUUUUAGCUACUGAUGCUUCAGAUUCUGCGAUAGGUGCAGUGCUACAACAGGAGGUAAACGGCGUAGAUAAUAAAGUGGCUGAUGCCUUAUCACGAUUGAACGUUAUUAGUAUGUCAGUCGUGUUAAACACACAACAGUUAGCCGAACAGCAAAAAAGCGACUCAGAAUUACAGCAAUUAUUACAAGGUAAUACAGCACUGCAUCUAAAGCAACUCAGAGUAGAUGAUUCAGACGAAGCAAUUUACUGCUAUAUUGCAUAUGAUAAUAUUAGGCCAUAUGUGCCAGCAGUGUUGAGAAUAACCUGCAUUCCAUGCCAACGCAGCAAGGUCGGCAGGCAUAUAAUUAAUCCUCCACAGCGUAUGGUUGUUCCAGAGGACCGUUUCAAACAUAUACAUUUAGACUUAAUAGGUCCAUUACCACCAAGAGACGGUUACAGGUACUGUUUAACAAUGAUUGACAGAUUCUCCCGGUGGCCUGAGGCAAUACCAAUUAAAGAUAUGACAGCCAAAACUGUUGCUGUAAAUUUUUGUAAUACUUGGAUCACAAGAUUCGGAGCUCCAGCAACGAUUACAACCGAUAAGGGUUCACAGUUUGAAGGAGUACUUUUCAAAGCUCUCACUAAUUUAAUUGGUUGUAAACACAUCCACACCACAGCUUAUCAUCCAGCUUUAAAUGGCAUGGUGGAAAGAUGGCACAGGUCAUUAAAAGCAGCCAUUAUGUGCCAUGAAAGUAGUAAUUGGACAGCAGUUUUGCCUACGGUUCUAUUAGGUUUACGAACUAGCUUUAAACAAGACAUUCAAGCAACAGCAGCAGAAAUGCUGUAUGGUGUACCCCUCAGACUGCCAGGAGAAUUCUUCGUCGACACUCAAGCACAGGACAAUUUUAGUUUAGACAGUUUCAGAGAUUACAUGCAACAGAUCAGACCUAGACAAACGGCACACCACUAUAAACGGAAAUACUUCAUCCCUAAGAGUUUACAUGACUGCACACACGUUUUUAUCCGUAUUGACGUUGUUAAGAAACCACUGGAGCAACCAUAUGAAGGACCUUAUAAAAUUGUAAAGCGUGUCACGGAUACCACCUUUUUAGUAGAUAUUAAAGGAAAUCAAGUGGUACUUUCGACGGAACGGUUGAAACCAGCGUUCAUCGAAAAAGAUGCUCAUAACCUUGCAGAUACGUAUUCUAGAGUAGUAUCACAGUAUAAGAAAGCACAGCAGGUUCACUCUACCCAAAAGUGGCUUAAUAUUUGUCACUCGCGCAUGACCGAAUCGCACAACCAGCAGGUUGUGUGGUUGUGA